CUGAAAUAUCCUUUUCAAACUCGACAACUGUACGUACCGAACACCGAGAAUUGAGUGGGGUGAAAAAUUCCUCCCAACUCGGUAUUAACAAGGGAUGAAUCGAACCAAACACCAUGCUAUCUCAACCUUCAACAUGUGGUAGGCUCUUGUCUAGCUUGAACGGACUUUUGGAAAGGGAAGACGCUGUAUUUGAAGAGAAAAUUAAGAAUGCUUGUAAUGGAUGGAAAGAGCGUUGCCAAGCUGUAUCCUGGUUAUGGUGGAUUAGCAAAAAACUUGACCAUGAUGUACAAGUACUUGCCCAAGCUGUUGAAGUGAUUGAUAGAUUUCUAGGAAUUGUGAAGGUACAAUGGAGGUACAUGAAAUGUGUUGCUGUUGCUUCAUACCAUGUGGCACUGAAAUUGCUCAUGCCAGACAAGGAUGUGCCAAGCAUCGAGCUUCUGAUUGAGAGAGGAAACUGUAGUUUCAGCAGUAAAGAUGCAAAUAGAAUGGAGAACAUAAUACUGACAAAACUUGGAUCUGACAACAAAUCACCAACUACAUACGACUUCCUGGAUAUUGUCAUUGAUAUCUUCUCCCUGGAACACAAAGGAAUGCCAUAUCUUAAGGAAGUUCAAUCUGAUGCCUUUUUUGAAGAACUCUGCAAUCUGUUGCAGCUUUGUAUUUGUGCUGGCAAAUUCUCAAGAUAUAAGAACUCAACUUUGGCUGUCUCGGUAUUGAGUGUGGUCGUGGCACGCAUCGUUCCUGAUUGGUUCACUGUCAAUGCACCGAUCAUACAGAUUGUAAAGACAACGACUAUCGACUUCCUACAAUGCCGAGAGCUUGUUAAGAAUGCUGCACUUAUAAAGAAACAUCCUAGAUCAAGAAGGCGACAAAAUGUUUCAAAAUGUCCAACGUUGUCACCUAUCAUAGAAAACCCAUUUGAGCGUGAGUACUCGCAGUAUUGUGAAAGAGAAGCACUGCGAAGUGUGAAAAAUACCAUCAACAACCAGUCUGUUUUAUUGACCCCUUCAAAAGACGUCCGGAACAAGUCCAAAAGCGACAUCCAUACUCCACGUUGCUAUGACGAUGCUGAUGACAUCUUACCAGCUGCAAAGCGACCUCGUGUCCGUGACAGUGGUGCUUCGCAGUGCUUGGAAGAUGGAAAAAGUAUGGUGCGCAGUAAAAUAGUCAAAAGUUUACGCAUUUGAAGAAAUUCACGGCCAGUUUUGCGAAAUUUACCCGCGUGAUUGGACACAUCUGAUUUGCACACAUUAGGUUGUAUGCAGAUACCACUGAUCUUGUUGUUGUUGUUGUUCGUUUGAUUCAAGCAAAGAAGAAAACACAAAAAAAUGGACGUGUCGUAAAUAAACAUAAAAAAUUCAAAAGAAUAAAAUUUUUGAAAAAAAAACUUCUAUGUCAUAGAUAAUGCAAAAAAGAAUAUUAUCAUUUUAAUUUAAGUUGGUGUAGCUAAAAUAAAACCGCUAAUAGGGGUUUGGGGUUUAUUUCGCACUAUUUCUUUCGUGAAUUUGAAAAAAUGUCGAAGAAGGAA